AUCGGCUGCAGUUAGCUCCGAGUCUCCUUCACUGCGUCGGCGCUCGCGCGCGUUCGCUGGCCGGGGGCCCCCCACUUGCCUGUCGCUGCCGACACAACAGUGGGCAUCGCCUUCAUCAGCUAAUUUUGCGGGCCUUUCCAACCAUCUGACUAUCAACUUCGUAUUGUAUUCAUCGUGCGGGUAGCCACAACCCUGCUGCUGAUAGCCGCAGGUCAUGGCCCCAAUGAAACACCAAGCCUCCAGAUGGACAUCGCGCAGGCUGCGCAUCCGCUUCCGAACCGCUACACCACCGAGCCAGUCCCACUGGACAGCAACAGCCCGCACUAUCGACAUACUUCUUCGACCAUUCCGAGCGCCAGUCCAGGGUUCGACUCGACGUUGGUGGCGCAUCGAUCGCUUCGUGCUAUAAGAAGGGGCGACGCAUUUCCGCGGGCCAUAGGGCACGGCAGCUGGCCGCAGGGGCACAUGGAUAACCCUUUUGUAUUCAUCGUGCUGGUGAAACCUACAGGUUGUGGUUAAGCCUGCGACUCUCCGUCGAGGUGAUUCUCUGCUGCUUUUGAGAACAAUGUCAUCGAGGCAGCCGGCUGCCGGUGGCUGGAGGGCGAGCGCCGUGAGCGGUGAGGAUCACCGGCCCAGCGGUCAGUGCUUCAUGGCGGCCGACGGCCAGAUCUACUGGCAGCCGACACCACAACGCAGCGCCGCUCCCAGGGGUUACAAACCGGGACCCCGCUUCAGUGGCUAUGAGCAGCAGUACUCGCCUUAUGAAGAGUACUCUCCUUCCGCUGAGCCGCAGCGAGCUUCGAAAAGCAGGCAGCAGAUCCGUCAAGCGGGUCCUGUGGACACAGGGCCAGCGUGCGACAGCCGGUACAUGGAGCGCCCCGGGGCACCGUCGGUAGCCACAUCGAGGACGAGGCCCAGUCGUCCAGUUCUCCGGGAGGCGGAGGAGAGCUGCGUUGGACCGGAGCCGAAGCUGCCUGCCGCGACGCCGUCCAGAUCGGAGAGAGGAAAGGAAGCCCCUGACUCAAGGCAAGGAGCUGCCAAGAUUGGGGAUCCGGCCGACGGGGCACAGCAGCCCACAGCGGCGGCAGAGCCACGAGAGAGGAAGCGGUCGGUGUUGCUGUUCCUGGCGUGCUCGGUGGCGUUCGUCGGCGUCGCCGUCGCGGUCAUCCUGGUGUACACCUUGGGCGCCCCCGCAACGGCGAGGCGCCUCAAGAGCCCGCGCUUCUGCGGCGACGUGCCUUCCUGGAGGACGAACCGACUUAAGAAUGACUUCACGAAGUGCUCGGAAGAGUCCUGCUCGAAGAUCGCGUGCGGACCGAUCAACGACACUUGGUGCCUGACUGGGGCGCCGCCAUUCGACAGCAAGUGCGAGUGCUGCGACUGGUGCGUCGUCCGGGACCUCGUCUGCGGCAAGCGGGCUCGGGUGAGCAGCGGCUCCAAUCCGUACGCUUCCUGCCAGGCAAGUUGCGGACGCCUCUGAAGAGCCAUACGAGAGAUUGCCUACCCUACUGCUGGUGCUUCUCGAGGCAAGACAUAUGUCGCGGUAUAAAAGGUGAUUGGCAAGACAGCUUCGAUGUUAUAUUUAUUUUUUCUGCCUUCAAAUGUUUAUCCCGUGAAAAAGUACAGUACCUUGCGUGUAGAUCUGCUGUCAGACGGACGAUAGUAAGGUUGCGCUCGCUGAUUCCGGGCGUACGUAAUAAAGGGCAAAGCCCCUGCGCGUUGGUUCGUGCGUUUGAAAA